GCGCUUGAGCCGUACGAUCGGCGAUGAUAUCGUUCAAAAUCUCGACCCCGGGCAAAGUCAUCCUAUUCGGCGAGCACUCGGUUGUUUACAACAAAACAGCUGUUGCCGCAAGCUUGGAUCAACACACCAGCCUCGAUUUUCACCAGCUGCCCGAGGAUGAGUCUUCGAUUUGUGUGGAGAUGCGAAAAGUCGGGUUGUCGCUGAGGAUCCCCGUCGAUCAAACGCGCGACAGAUUUUUCGGCGCCAAUGCUCCGAAAAAGGACGAAUCCGAUUACGAUGCCACUCUCGCGUACAUACGCGAAUUCGUGGACGACACCCUGAAGUGCGACACGGCCCAGCACAAAAGCGGCGUCGAGUGUUUGCUGUACGCGAUGCUCCAGGUCAGUCAGAUGGAGAAGGCCUGGAAACUGGUGCCCUUCCGGCUGGAGCUCAACACCGAGCUGUCGAUCGGCUCGGGUCAAGGCAGCUCGGCAUCGUUUUCCGUCAGUCUAGUCACCUGCUUUUUGCACUUUGCUCGGUUGCAAAGGGAUCCCCGGUCUCCGUACGACCUGAACCACCAGGAUCGGGAAAUCGUGUCAAAUUUAGCGUUUAAUUGCGAAAAAAUCAUGCAUGGCGCGCCGUCCGGUAUCGACAAUACUGUCUGCACGUUCGGCUCGGUCGUCGAGUUCCGGAAAGGCAGCCCACCCAAAUUUAUUCCCGUUGUCGAGUCCAGAAAAAUAAAAAUCUUGAUAGUCGACACGAAGGUCGGCCGCAGCACCAAAACCCUCGUCGAGAGGUUGUGUGGGCUGAAGACCACGUAUCCUCGAGUAUUUGAGCCAGUUCUACAGGCCAUGGAUGAGGUCGCGAAGCGGGUCAUCCACUUGCUCAGGGAGAUGCAAACUGUGACGGUUGGCGAUGACGAUCGCUAUUGUUCUGCUUUCAACGAGCUUGCGGUUCUGAUAGACAUAAAUCAAGGUCUUUUGGUUACGUGUCAAGUUUCGCAUCCUUCUUUGGACACGAUAUGUGCGAAUGCUAAGAGAUACGGAUUUUCAGCAAAGCUUACGGGUGCAGGUGGAGGCGGGUUUGCUUAUGUGCUCAUUCCACCCGAUGCACCAGAGGAAAAAGUUCGUGAUUUAAGCUUUGAGUUGACUUGUCGUGGUUUUACAGUAUCGGAAACAAAUUUGGGAGGCUCAGGGGUUCAGAUUCACAAAACGUCAGAGGACAGUUAGGAAACCUAACAAGUAUAAUU